ACUUCUUACUUCUGUUCCAAGGGCCCAAGCUGACAAACGGAAGGACAGGCAGGAGGGGAUGUGAAACUCAGCCAGGCUGCAGCUGCAACACCCUGCUGGGCUUCCUACCCAGCUCCUUAGGCCAAGGACAGGAGCAUCCAGUUGGAGUGGGCACUGGAGGCAGGGACGUCAUGUCUCCUGGGGAAUGGCUGGUGGUCUGCAUGCUGGCCGCAUCACUGGCCUCUGUGGUGACCGAGGAUGUGUGUCGAGCACCCAACGGAAAGGAUGGGGUUGCAGGAAAACCAGGACGCCCCGGGCGGCCCGGCCUGAAGGGGGAGCAGGGGGAGCCAGGAGCCCCUGGCAUCCGGACUGGCAUCCGAGGCCUUAAAGGAGACCAGGGGGAGCCUGGGCUUCCCGGGAUGCCGGGCAAUGUGGGCUACCCAGGACCCAGUGGUCCCCCAGGGAAGCAAGGUGCCUUGGGACUACAGGGCAUGAAGGGCACCCAGGGGAACAUCAGGGACCAGCCACGGCCAGCCUUCUCGGCUGUGAGGCGGAACCCCCCACGGAGCAGUGGCACUGUGGUGCUCUUCGAAACGGUCAUCACCAACCAGGAAGGUCCCUACAAGAGCGAUUCUGGCCACUUCCACUGUGCCGUGCCUGGCUUCUACUACUUCUCCUUCCAAGUGGUCGCCACGGGGGACACCUGCCUGAACAUCGUGUCCUCCUCCCAGGGUCAGCAGCGCCACUCACUGGGCUUCUGCGACACCACUAACAGAGGCCUCUUUCAGAUAUCCGGGGGCACAGCGCUCCAGCUGCAGCAGGGGGACCAGGUCUGGAUAGAGAAGGAUCGCUCUAAGGGCAACAUCUACCAGGGCUCCGAAGUCGACAGCGUCUUCAGUGGCUUCCUCAUCUUCCCAUCUGUCUGAGCUGGGAGCUGCCUAGCACCUCUGCCGCCACUGCCUCCGCCACCGCCCUGACCUCCUCCCUCCCCACCUGGGACCCCAGCUCACUCCCCCUUCUAGGGAACUUCUGCUUUGUAAAAUGGGGUGCUACUGUUCUAGCCUGCUGAGUCAAGGGACUGACUCCAAGGUCUCCAGGACCUGCCACCAGGGUGCCCCCUGAGAACAUCCUUAUAGUCUUCUCCGGAAUAAAUGUCUACAUCUCUAUCUUCUGGG